AUGGGGAGAUAUGUUUGGGAGAUAGCUGCUAAAAAGGACACUCUUUGGGUUAGGUGGAUACACAGUGUUUACUUGUCUUAUAGGAUUGGGCAUUGGUGGAACUACACAACCCCUCCUAAUUCUAGUUGGUAUUGGAGGAAGAUUGUAGCUGUAAAGGAUGUCAUUAAAGCUAAGAUUGACUUGAAUACAUUUAUCAUUAAAGGUUAUAGUAUUCAAUAUCGGUAUGUCUCUCUUUAUCCUUUUACUGAGCGCGUUCAAUGGAACAAAAAUGUUUGGGGAAGACUCAAUAUUCCUAAGCAUAGAUUCAUUUUCUGGCUUGCAAUGAAGGAGAAGCUUUGUACUCGGGUUCAGAUUAGUAAAUAUAACCCAGCUAUUGAUCGUUCUUGUCUUUUGUGUGGAAAUCAAGAUGAGGAUGAGAAACACUUAUUCUUUGAGUGUACUUACAGUUGGAGAUGCUUUACAUGA